AUGGGGAAGCGCAAGAAGAGUUCGCGCAAGCCUAACGGCCCAAAGAGGUCCGACCCUUUGCCGACCGCAUUUACCUGCCUCUUUUGCAACCACGAGAAGAGUGUAGCCGUCAAGCUGGACAAGAAGGUCGGCAUCGGCUAUCUCGAGUGCAAGGUCUGCGGCCAGAAGUUCCAGUGCGAUAUCAACUACUUAUCCGCACCCGUGGAUGUGUACGGCGAGUGGGUGGAUGCCGCCGAUUCCGUUGCCAAGGUCGAGGGUGAUAGCAGGCAUGAACGGUUGAGCUCGGGCCGGUUGUCAAGCAAGCCUUCACGAGGAGAUGCCUACGAUGACGACGACGGCGGCGACAGGCGCUAUGACGGAGACGGCGUCGUGGGCGACGACGAGUAUGACUGA